UUGUCUAGUCGGAAAUGACGUUCCGAAACGUUGACCAUUCUGACCAAAUACUGAGUCAGGCGGGCCCUACUAUCUGAUUCAUAUCGUGUGAUUUCUGUAUUAAUGUAGAAACGAACAACAAUUCGAAGGUGCGAAUGGACGGAGGUUAGCGCGAUCCGCUCAUACUUACAUUUCUAGCACUCUGUGUUUUUCUGUCAAAUUGCUAAAGACAACAACGCAUGGAGAAUGGGUCCCGAGCGUCAUGGUGGGAAAAUACGAUGCGUACUUUGUAAAGGUUCCGAGGAAAAUCUGACAACUGGACCGCUAUCGACGAAAGAUUCCGUCACCGCUCAUCAGAACUGCUUGCUUUAUUCAUCUGGGAUUAUUUGCCAGAACUCUCCAGAGCUUGACGACUUGUUUGGUUUCACUGUAAAAGAUGUCCAGAAUGAGAUGAGGAGGGGAAACCGACUGAUUUGCUACAGGUGUAAGAGGAAGGGUGCCACGGUGGGGUGUGAGGUGAAAUGCUGUCAGAAGUCCUACCAUUACCCCUGUGCUGUGGGAGACAGGGCCCACAACGUCGAAGACCGUAUUGCAGGGAAGUAUACGGUGUACUGUCAGAAGCAUAAUCCAGAGUUAGCAGCAUCCAAUGGUACAGCUUUGUCCUGCAACAGUGAUUCAGACACAGAGAAGAACAACAAUGGAGAAACGUCAUCCAAGCAGUUUUGUCUCAUCUGUGAAAAGAAAGAAGAGAGCAUCAGUCUAGAACACAUCGACAGUGGCAUUUUCAAGUUGUAUUGUGAAAAGCAUAAACCACUGUCGUUGCAGAAAGAGCUGAAUGGACCCUCAUCUUGCAAGAGUGACUCCAACACGCCUGAAAACCAACGGCAGACACAAACACCCAAGAGACGGUUGAGCUUCUCUAGGAAACAGAAAGUCACAUCAUCAAGAAAGUCCAAACACAGGAGGAUACUGGAUAACUCCUCAGACUCAGAUGGAGAUGUGAAUAGGAUUGAUAUGGAGUUUUCCCCUCUGGAGUCCAAUCUAGAAGACCGUGUCAACUCUGAACACAGUAAUCAUGUUGAGACCCCCAUAGCUUCCACCACAGGAAAUCAGCCAGCACCUGAAGAUGGGGACUCUACAUCCAUCGACUCAGAUGCUGGGUCCCAGAGUCUUUUGCUGCCAGUGAUGCUGUGUGUUGCAUCUGAAGAACCCUCUGGGGCCAUAGGUUCUGUUCCGCACUCACCUGGUUCACCACACGGCAGCUCUCACUCACCUGGACCUGCUCAUGAUCCCAUCUCGCCUGUCCACUCACCUGACUGCUCGUCCGUCCACUCUGGUCCACUCAAUAUCACCAGCACAGCUAUUGUGUGUUAUGGGCCAGUGUCCUCUCCAUCUCCCUCUACUCCCUCUCCACACUCCGUCUCCCAGUGUCCCCUGGCAAGACCUGGAGGCCCGGGUUCACCUGGUGGUUCUGGCUCCGGCAAUGCAGCCAGCAAGGUGUUCUGGAGGAGGUGUAACGAAGCAGGCUGUACAGAGUCCAUCUUCACCACCUUCAUCUCUGACAUGGUCGGCAUCUCCAAGAGGAUCCUGUCAGAUCAGGCCAGUCAGGAGGAUUAUGAUCUCUCUCUGAGAGUGAUUGAGGCCUCUGGAAAAUUAUCAAAGAUGCUUUCACAGCAGAAGAGAGCGUUUCAGAAGAAGCAAAUGGAGCUACAGAGAGCUACGGCAGCCAUAAGAGAAGCCAGGUCAGCCCUGAAAAGAUGAGCAGCACU